AUGGAAAACUCUCCCGGCAACCCUAGCCUUGAAGGUGAGUUUCUCCGCCGAGCUAGGAAAAAAUACAAGCAUGGUCGUAUUGAUUUUGGUAAUGAUGAGGAAGGACAUAGCAAUGGUGAUCGUGGUGUUGAUGAGGAGUCCAAAACGGACCAGAAUGCUGGUGGGGGUGACCCCUUUCCACAUAACCAGAAGCCAUCCUAUAAGGAGAGACUGACGGGUCAAGCAACCCUUGGAUUAGAAGAGGGUGAUGAAUGGGAGCAUGAAGAUGGCGAGGAUGAAACCAUGUUUGAUGAUGUGGUCUCGGACUCUGAUGAACUGAGGGAAGAUGGUGCAAGAAUAGGCUUCUCAAUGGAGGAAAAGAAAGAGAUGCGCAGGCCAUGGCGGAAUGCCCUUAUCAUCAAGUUACUUGGUGGGGUUCUUGGCUUUAAAACACUCUCUAAUAAAGUCCCUCAGUUAUGGCAGAUUGUAGGGCGUUAUCGGAUUAUUGAUCUGGGGAAGGACUACUUCUUAUUCAAGUUUCACAGGAAGGCAGAUUACCAGCAUGUUCUUGAAGGAGGACCAUGGAUAGUUGGUGGCCAUUACCUUACGGUAAGACGGUGGUCUCCAUAUUUCAAGCCCAGUACUGAUCAAAUCACAUCGGUCAUUGCAUGGAUUCGGUUACCUGAAUUGCCAUUGGAAUUUUACUCCCAUAUAGCCCUAAAACGGAUUGCUGCCAAAGUUGGCAAAGUUGUCAGGAUAGAUGGAAAUACUCAGAAUGCUGUACGGGGUAGUUUUGCGAGAGUAUGUGUGGAGUUGGACCUUACUAAACCUCUUUUGCCUUCGGUUAUCUUGGGAAAAACUACUCAAAGAAUUGAAUAUGAAGGCAUUCAGAUGAUUUGCUUCAAGUGUGGCAAAUUUGGACAUAGGAAAGAUGAUUGUUCUUUGUCUGCAGGAGAUGGAACUACAAUGGCGGACCAGGAGAUACCGAAAGAUGCUCUACUGGAGGAUAAACAUGCCCCUAAUCAGAAUGAAAACCCGUCUCCACCUGGAAGCCAGUCCCAAAGGGCAAGACAGGUGCCGCAAGAGGAGCCGGAUUUUGGCCCUUGGAUGCUUGUUCAAUGA